AUGGCUCAGAAAUGUCGUGACUUGCGCCUUGAACCAUCCGAUCGACUUGCACCUGCGCCACUUUCAGCGUUUUUACGGUUUCCUGUUGAAAAGAAUGCCGUUGUCCGCACUAAAUGCCAACAUUCUCGUUUCCUCUCAAAUGCUGCUGGAUGUGAUGUAUUUUUGAAACUGGAAAAUACGCAGAUUACCGGCAGCUUCAAAGAGCGAAGUGCAUGCAAUGCGUUGCUGUGCCUGUCUGAGGAGGAACGCAAGAAGGGGGUCUACGUUGGUUCUACAGGCAAUUUCGCACGAGCCGUCUCAUUUCAUGGUGAAAAACUCGGUGUUCCAGUGACUGUUGUUCUGCCACGAUUCAGCUCACUAUCAACAAUUGCGGCCUGUAAGAGCUAUAGAGCGAAUGUUGUAAUCGAGGGUAAAACUGAAGACGAUCCACUUGAAACUGCCUUCAAACUUGCACGGGAAUGUGGUGGAAAAUUUAUCAAUAGCCAUGACCACUUAGACGUAAUGGCAGGAGCGGGUACUGCAGCUCUUGAGAUACUACAAGACAUAAAAGACAUAGAUGCAAUACUCGUGCCAGUUGGUGGAGGAGGACUUUUAGCCGCCACUACAGUGGCUGUAAAAAAUAUCUCUCCCGACACAAAAGUGAUUGGCUUGGAGUCAGAAACAUGUCCCGCAACUCAAGUAAGACUUCGACCUGUUGAUAAUUCUCGACUACCGAACACGACGUAG